UUAUUUAAGCCCAUCUUUUUUUUUUCCCCCUACUGUAACCUAACGCUAAGCCAUCCUCACGCGCCGCGCCGAUUCUUUCUUCCUCUCGCCAGCACCGCUCUCUCACCCACGCUCACGCGCCGCUCCUCUCCCUUUCUCCUCCCUAAUCUGCUCUCGCCGUCGCCGCUCCUCUCACCCACGCUCAACGCAGACCUGUACCGCCGGCGAUCUCCAUCGCGCGUCUCCACCACAAUUCCUCCACAACACUGCCUCCAUCGUGAUUCUGCCUUUGUCCUCCCUAACCCACUCUCGCCUUCGCUCACGCAUCACUUUGUCCUCCCUAUUCCUCCACAGCACUACCUCCACCGUGAUUCCUUAGGCUUAAGCAAGCAAGUAGGAGCUCAAAGGUAACCCAUCAUAGCUUCUUCUCUCGCAUCAGACAAGAUUUCAUCAUCUUCUUCAUCCAUUCAGUCCAUCUUCCAUUCUUCCAAUAGAUCGGCCCACAUUCAAACUCCAUCAUAGCUAUCCAAAGCAAGCUUGGUUCAUUUUGAACAAUAGAGGCAAAAAAGACUAAAGGAAGCAUACGGUGGAAGUUUUGGUCUAAGAAACUUGAAGCUUUAAAGUUAAAAUGAGCUUAAUUUCCCAAAGCGUGCUUCUGAAUGAAAGGAAGGGCAAUAAACUUGAUACAGAGGUAGCUGAUGCGGUUGUGGAUGAUGAAGUUCAGGAAGUUGAUUUGAUUGAGGAAAUUAAGUUGAAAAAAUCAAAGAAGAGAAGUGUUAAGACUGAUGAUUUUUCUCAGAAAAAGAAGAAAAAAUCAAAGAAUAGUAUAGAUAUGGAUGUUUCACUUAACGAAAAGGCACAAGAAAUUGAACAAGAGAAAAUGAAAAGGCGGCAGAGUAAGAAUGCCUCGAAGGAGAAGGCACAAAAAGAUGCAGAAGAGAAGAUGAAGAGUCUUGAGAGUUCUUUGUUUGGUGUUAUUUAUAAUCCUUUGGAGUUUGGGAAGGAAUUCAAUGCUGAUGGCAAGAAGCAGGUCAAAGCAGAUGCCCCAUUGUUUUUCAUGGAUAAGUCCACCAGCAAUGAGAUGAUUGUGUAUGAAGAGGAACUGCAUGCUAUGGCUGCAGAAGACACCAACAAAGAAGAGAGAAAACCUGCAUGGAUAGAUGAGGAGGAGGAAAGGACAGAGGUCAAUAUAAUUCGUAUGAAUAGGUUGAGGAAGCUUAGGAAGGAGGCUAAUGAGCAAGUUAUUUCUGGUACAGAUUACAUUUCUCGGUUGAGGGCUCAACAUGCUAAGCUAAACCCAGGAACAGAGUGGGCAAAUGUUGAUGGUAAGAAUGCUCAUGAAAGUGAUUUUGAUGAAGACUCUUAUGAUGAAAGUGGUGUCACUAUUGCCCAUGGCUACGAGGAUGCUGAAGCUAAUGAUUUUCUUCGUAGCAAUGAUGAUCUUGUCAUAAAGAGCAAUACUAAACUCUUACCUGGAUUACUGGAAUACUCGAGGAUGGUAAAUGCUAAUGCCGAGGAGCCCUCUAAUGGUCCAAUCAAUUCAGUUCAGUUUCACAGAAAUGGUCAAUUACUUCUGACUGCUGGACUUGAUAGGCGGAUAAGAUUUUUCCAAGUGGAUGGAAAGCGCAAUCCUCAAAUACAAAGUAUCUUUAUUGAGGAUUGCCCUGUUCAUAAGGCAUCCUUUUUACCCAAUGGUUCUGAGGUUAUACUUUCAGGCAGGAGGAAAUUCUUUUACAGCAUUGAUUUGGUUAAAGCAGCUGCGAGUAAGAUAGGUCCCUUGACUGGGAGAGAAGAGAAAAGCUUGGAGGCUUUUGAGGUUUCUCCUGAUUCGAACACCAUUGCAUUCAUUGGAAAUGAAGGUUACAUCCUUUUGGUUUCAUCCCGAACAAAGGAGUUAAUUGGGACUUUGAAGAUGAAUGGAAGUGCUCGAUGUCUGGCUUUUGCUGACGGUGGGCAGCAGCUAUUGAGCGGUGGAGGUGAUGGACAUGUCUAUCACUGGGAUCUCAGAACUAGGAGGUGCAUUCACAAGGGCACUGACGAUGGUAGCAUAGGUGGGUCAGCCCUCUGUGCUUCACAAGAUAGUUCUAUGUUUGCUUCAGGUUCAGCCAGUGGUAUUGUUAAUGUUUACAAGAGAGAGGAGUUUCUUGGGGGAAAGCAAAAGCCAUUGAAGACUAUUGAAAAUUUAACAACAAUGGUUGAUCAUAUGAAGUUCAACCAUGACAGUCAGAUUUUGGCUAUGAUCUCGAGAGUGAGUAAGAAUGGUCUAAAGCUGGUGCAUAUCCCAUCGUACAAUGUAUUCUCAAACUAUCCUCCUACGAGAUCUAGCAUCCAGUAUCCUCGCUGUCUUGAUUUCAGCCCUGGAGGUGGAUUUAUGACAGUAGGAAAUGCUGCUGGAAAGGUUUUUCUCUACAAGUUGCACCAUUACCAAAAUGCAUGACGUGCAUUAAGAAAAUUUACAGCUUUUGGUUGCCUGUGCUUUUGAUCUAGUUUUCUCUCUGAACCUUAUAAAAUAUCAUCUGAGCUCUUUAAUGAUUAUGUAACCAAAUUUGUUUGUAAUUUUGUUGACAGCCAUAUUUUAUCAACUUUAUGAUUGACUCGUU